ACCUGGUGUCUGGCAGUUACUAGAGGAGCUGUGCCGGGCAUAGGAUACUGGGAACCUCCCUGGGCUCUUAGCCCCCAAAGCUGCCCAUACUGUGUGUUCAGGCCUGUGUACGAGAGACACAGGGCAUCUUCGGACUGAGAGAAUUAUCUAGAAUGGAGGACAACCCCCCACACUUGGUGACUCCCACGUCAGUGAAGGCUAUUAUCUCAAAGAUUGAGACUGCCCAGCUAAUUCGGACUCAGGAGGUAACCCCAGAGACGAGGAAAAUACCCUUCUAUUAGGGUCUGAUGUAGAGGCUGGGGACUGACCUCUCGUUUACACAAGACUCCAGCCUUUGGGCCUUUAGGGGUCCUGGGAGACUUGACAAGCCAGGCUUGCAGACAGGACAUUUCCACCCAGCUCUCAGACAUCUUGGACAAUGUCAACUGUGCCAUCAAUCGCUUCCAGGAAGAACUGGGAUAUGAUUUAAAAGAAAGGGCGAAGCCUCAUCAACCAGAGCAGAAAGGCAAGAAGAGGUUCAUCCUGCUGGAGAAAAUGGCCUCCUUCUCUACAGACGCCAAGGCUAAAGAGAAGCACCUCUAUGAGAUCCUCCACUGGCUGGGUGAAUGGGGUGACAGUCUGACUUAUGAGAUAAAGAACAGGAGGAGUGCAGAGGAAGAUGAAGCCCUAGACGAAUGGAUCGAGGUGAUGGAGAAGGUACUGCCUCUCUCCCUCAUGGCCACCAAAGGAGGCAUCGAGUCUCUCAUCUCUCUUUGCUCCACUCUCAUCGAAGACCAGAAGAAAAGGACACAAAUGUCUAAACAUAACUUCUGGCAGGACUGGAACGAGGAAAGCCCACAGAAGGAGGGAAAAGGCCUGCCUGAGGCACCGAGCCCGGAGCAGAUGCUCCAGGACAAGAACACCACCCACUUGAAUGUCUCAGAGGUGAGGUCUAUGCUGCAGGAGCUCCUUGACUCCACUAUGUUCAGCAAAGGGGAGGUCAAAGCCAUCAGGUACAUGUCCGCUGUGGUGGAGAACCUCAACAAGGCCCUGAUCCUCCAGCACAAAGAGAACAAGAAUCUAGAGACAAAGUAUAAGCACUUGCAGGAGGAGAAGAACAGAGAGCUCAGCACCCAGAGGCUGCACUUCCAAAAAUCCAUCAGAGUCCUGGAGAGCAAAAGGGACGCGCUGCUGAAACAGGUCAAGGUUCUAGGCGACAAAUACCACAGCCUCAUCGUGAUAAAGCACGCCCUGGAAUUCCAGCUGAAGGUGGCUGAGGCUUCCAAUGGCCUGCAAGAACCAGCCAAGGGUAUUGUUGAGGAUCUGGAACCCUUUGAAAGAGGGGAGGAGGACAAGCAGGAGCCCAAGGAGGAAAGGUCAAGGAGGAAGGCGGCUGUCUCCCUAAGUCCCCUGACAGAGGCCUGGGACAGUGGCACUACACCUGCAGCCCCAAAGCCACUCUCUGGCACGGCCACAGAUUCGAGGGUGAAGGAUGUGUUCGUUGACCGCACCGAGCUGCUGGAGCCUGUGAUACUGCACUCAGAGGUCCCCCAGAUUCCUACACAAUGGGAAAAACUAGUGGACAAGCAAGGCAAGGACGAGGGGGACCACAUCCAAGAAGAGGGAGCCCAAAGCAAGUCCUAUCCUGAGAAGUCCCUGUCCCCAGGGAGCACCAGGAGGAUGCUUUUGGAGAGCCACAUGGGGCACUGGGAAGAAGAACUCAACUGGGAGACAAGAAGGCAGCAAUGGCUGCGAGAGGAAGAAAUGUGGCUUCAGCGGCAGAAGAAGUGGGCCCUGCUGGAACAGGAGCACCAGGAGAAGGUGAGGCAGUGGGAGGCAGAGGCAGCUGCCAUUCAGCAGUGGCAGAGACUCACCCAGCCAGGCGAGGAGAAGCAGAGCCCCAGGAAGGAGCAGAAAGCAAGUUCCGAGAAAAUGAUCUUCACCACCACCAGUCGGUGGAAGAACUUGGAGAAGCCAGAAACACCACCGCCGACUCCGCACUGCCGGGCCCAGUCUGCUCGUCAAAGUAGGUCAUACUUGCUCACAUCCCCACACACCCAGCAGCCCGGGCAGGGGAUCCAGAGGACCCUGUGCUCAGCUGAGUUUAUGCAAAUGCCACGGACCCAACAGGUUUCUGCUAAGUCCAAGAAAUCUACCUCCUUCCCCAUCACUGGGACACCCAUCCGAAGGGUGACAUGGACCUCUCUGCAGAAGGCCCCGGGGACACCUAAGGACAAGGUCUACUAUAUAGACAUGGAGGCCCAGCUGAAGAACCUGCAGAUCUUGGGUGGUUCGGAGUCAGAGCUGGCACUGCCACAGUACCUGCGUAGCAAAGCUUUGGAGAUCAGUGCAUUCGCCAUGGAACUGAGCACCCUCAGGCUACAGUACCUAUGCAAGAAGUACAUCCAAUACAGACACUACCAGAGCCUCCGACAAGAAGUAAUUAAACACAUAGGAGCCAUUCGACAAACGAGGGUUACCUAUAAGGCCCAGAACUUCUAUGUGUUCCUGGAGAAUAUCGACCGCCAACAGAGCCUCGGGCUGCAGGCCUGGACAGACAAGCAGAGAGACCUGGAGGAGAAGCGCCAGGAGUACCUGUACUCCAUGGUGACCAUGUUCCCUAAGCUCCAGAAAGAGUGGAACAUCCACCUGAACAUCCCUGUGCUCAGCUCUGUAAAGCCAGUGAAAAGCAAGUCAUCUCCGGUCUUACUUCAGAGAGUCUGCUCCAGCCGCUCCACCACCAAGCAACCUCCUCCGCCCAAGCACCGGGAAUCUGUGCCCCUGCGGAUAACUGGCCAACAAGGGAGCCAGAUGGAAGCCAUAUGGAAGGCUGAUGUGGCCUCUUCAAGUCACCCCAUAGAAAAGAAGACCCCUACGAACACCCCCUGGGAACGGCUAGGGGGGUACCCAGAUAUCCCCAGGCUACUGGCAGCGGAUGAGCAUCUCUCCUACCCCAGAAGCUCAGCGGCCUUCAAGGCUCGCUCUUUCAGUGCUUCGUCGGGCCAAAGAAAGGAAUGCCAGGAACCCUUGGAGUAGCUAUCGGAGCUUUUCUGCAAAAUGUCCAGCCAGUCACUUCCCGGAUCUGUACAAAGCCAGAAGGAUCGGGUAGCUCCAGUUGCCACUCCAUCCCUUAGUUAGUGACUCUCAAACUUCCGGGUUACUAACAACUGCACAGCAAACCUGUUCCCAGCUGGUGCUCUUAAACACACACGGUUGUUGCGAAAUUGUUCCAGAACUUUGGGAAACUCUAUUUUCUUUUUUCAGUCCCCAAACUAUUAGUUUAUAAUGAAAUAAAGGUUGGUUUAAAGCC